CCCCCCCGGACCCUAGUGCCUGCUCGCCAGGCCUCCACACUCAACCGCCCUCACAAAGAGAGAGACAAAGAGAAAGAAAGGAAAAAAAAAAAGAAAGAGGAAAAAACGGAGAGAGUGUGGCUCGUACGUGGUGCAGUGAAGCACAAGCCAUCCAGGUAAAACCAGAGGAACAAUGUCAGAGCAGCAGGGUGCACCGGAGCAGCUAGCCGCUGGGAAGAGCCAAGGAGGGGCAGGAGCAACCUACAAGGUGGUGGUGUUUGAGUUUGAGAAUUUCCGUGGGAAGAAGGUAGAGCUGUCUGCCGAGUGUAAGGAUGUGAUCGAGAAGGGAUGUGAGAAGGUGGGAUCUAUCAUCGUGGAAUCAGGACCCUGGGUGGCAUUUGAGUGCCAGGCAUUUGGCGGGGAGCAGUUUGUUCUAGAGAAGGGCGAGUAUCCUCGUUGGAGCACCUGGACCAACAGCCAGACCAACAACUGCCUUCUGUCCUUCAGGCCACUCCGAGUGGACAGUGCAGAUCACAAACUCCACCUCUUUGAAAACCCUGGCUAUGCUGGGAGGAAAAUGGAGAUUGUGGAUGAUGAUGUCCCCAGCAUGUGGGUCCAUGGCUUUCAGGACCGUGUGGCCAGCGCCAAGGCUCUGAACGGAACGUGGGUGGGCUACAUGUUCCCAGGCUAUAGGGGGCGCCAGUACAUCUUUGAGCACGGAGACUACAAGCACUGGAACGACUGGGGAGCCACGGUGCCUCAGAUCCAGUCCGUCCGACGUGUUCGCGACAUGCAGUGGCACAAGAGGGGUUGCUUCAUUGCCCCCGCCCCAACUCCACCCCCCAACCCCACACCACCACCCCCUGCGCCCCCAGCUGCCGCUGGCACCAGCUGAAGGACAAAGGCUGUGGCCCCAGGCCCUGUAAGAAGACAACCUCGGGCCCCCCAUCCAUCCAGGGCUCCCAGAAGCCUCACCUCCUCAUCAAAGAGGGCCGCCAAGAAACAACAAACUAGGAAGUGAUGUUCCCAUCACUAACUUAACCUGUGUCUGGAGUGGAAAUAAUAAAGGCUUUAGCCCUCAUUUGGUUUGACCCAA